AACAUGGCGGACCGGCCGAAACGAAUGUCGAGUGCGCCGAAACGGUUUGUGGAUGAUUUCGAUGAGAUGGGCCCUGCUAAUGUUGGUAGAGUGGGAAAGCGACGAAAGAUAGACAAAAAUUUGUAUGAAGUCAAUAUUGUAGACGUGAAUAAUGAGUGAAAACAGAUAAAAAUUCACUUCGUGGGUUUUAGCGAGGAAUUUGAUGAGUGGUGCAACUAUGACUGCGAGAGGGAUUACUUUCCUUUUUUUAGAUUAGAAAAGAUGUUUCUGCCCAAUGGAGGAUCGAUGGAAGACAGGAAAAAUAUUUUUCACGGUCAGUUGUAUCGUGCUAUCAAGCGAAAGCUAUGGUCUGGUCGAAGGGAUGACCUUGAGGUACGAAUUGAAAUGAAUGUCGAUCCAGAUGUAUUUUCCACAGGACUUGCUCAAGUCACUCUGAGCACUUCACAACGAGGAAAAGAUGUUUACAGCGCAACUGACAAUCGACUUUUAGAUGGUGUUCUUGGUUCAAAGUGGGACGAGAGAAUUAUGAAUUCUAGUGGCGAUUUUGCAUAUGUGGAGAAAAAUACUGUUAGAUUCUGGAUAACAAAGAAAACCCCGUGUAAAUAUACAAGAAUACAAAUAUAUUGGUGGCAAGUAUGUCAAAUGCGAGGUUGAGGAUGCGUAUAUGCUUGUCUUUACUUUUGUUUGAGGUGAUGGGAAUAGAAGGCAGUGUAUGGAAAGAUGCUAAAUGAUUUAUUAUACAACAUUAUUGUCUUUUUGACAAAAAAAAUUGGUUUGCAAAUAUUUACAUUGUAAUCCAUGUUAAAAUAAUUCUGUAUGGGUUACCUAAUAGAUCAUGAUAAUAAUUAUAUUUAAAUAUCGUGCUGAUUAUUGCAAAUAACAUUUGUUUUUCUAAGGCAUGAUUAUAACUGGUCUCAGUUACUGAUAUGGACUGAUAUUUAAGAAUUUAAAAACUAUGAAAGUGAAACUGAAAGUGAGCCAUCAGAUCGUCCAGAAGGACAAGCAUUGGUAGCUGUAAUGUAAAAUCACUUUACAGUGUGCAUUUCUGCACCUACUUUCUGUCUA